UCGCGCUCGCCGCCGCCGCUGCCCGCAGGGCUGCGCGGCUCGGUGGCAUCUCGGGCGCGGCCCGCCGUCCUCGCCCCCGGCGCCGCUCGCUUUCCCCCCCCUCACACACUCCGGACUCCCCCAUGUAUGACGACUCCUACGUGCCCGGGUUUGAGGACUCGGAGGCGGGUUCAGCCGACUCCUACACCAGCCGCCCCUCUCUGGACUCUGACGUCUCGCUGGAGGAGGACCGAGAGAGCGCCCGGCGAGAAGUGGAGAGUCAGGCUCAGCAGCAGCUGGAGAGAGCCAAGCACAAACCUGUGGCAUUUGCUGUGAGGACCAAUGUCAGCUACUGUGGGGUUCUGGAUGAGGAGUGCCCGGUCCAGGGCUCUGGAGUCAACUUUGAGGCCAAAGAUUUUCUGCACAUUAAAGAGAAAUACAGCAAUGACUGGUGGAUCGGGAGGCUAGUGAAAGAGGGCGGAGACAUCGCCUUCAUCCCCAGCCCCCAACGCCUGGAAAGCAUCCGGCUCAAACAGGAACAGAAGGCCAGGAGAUCUGGGAACCCUUCCAGCUUGAGUGACAUUGGCAACCGCCGCUCUCCUCCUCCAUCUCUAGCCAAGCAGAAGCAGAAGCAGGCAGAGCAUGUUCCUCCAUACGAUGUGGUGCCCUCCAUGCGGCCUGUGGUGCUGGUGGGACCCUCUCUGAAAGGCUAUGAGGUCACAGACAUGAUGCAGAAGGCUCUCUUCGACUUCCUUAAACACAGGUUUGAUGGCAGGAUCUCCAUCACUCGUGUCACAGCUGACCUCUCACUGGCAAAGCGGUCUGUGCUCAACAACCCUGGCAAGAGGACCAUCAUCGAGCGGUCCUCCGCCCGCUCCAGCAUUGCUGAAGUACAGAGUGAAAUUGAGCGCAUAUUCGAGCUGGCCAAAUCCCUGCAGCUAGUGGUGUUGGACGCCGAUACCAUCAACCACCCGGCACAGCUUGCCAAGACCUCGCUGGCCCCCAUCAUCGUCUUUGUCAAAGUCUCCUCACCGAAGGUACUCCAGCGGCUCAUCCGCUCCAGGGGGAAGUCACAGAUGAAACACCUGACCGUACAAAUGAUGGCAUAUGAUAAGCUAGUUCAGUGCCCACCAGAAUCAUUUGAUGUGAUCCUGGAUGAGAACCAGUUGGAGGACGCCUGCGAGCACCUGGCUGAAUACUUAGAGGUUUACUGGCGAGCUACCCACCAUCCGGCACCUGGCCCUGGACUUCUGGGUCCUCCUAGUGCCAUCCCUGGACUUCAGAGCCAGCAGCUGCUAGGGGAGCGAGGUGAGGAGCAUUCACCCCUGGAGCGAGACAGCUUGAUGCCCUCCGAUGAGGCCAGCGAGAGCUCCCGCCAGGCCUGGACGGGAUCUUCACAGCGCAGCUCCCGCCAUCUGGAGGAGGACUAUGCAGAUGCCUACCAAGACCUGUACCAGCCUCACCGACAGCACACCUCGGGGCUGCCCAGCACUAACGGGCACGACCCCCAAGACCGGCUCCUAGCCCAGGACUCGGAGCACGACCACAAUGACCGGAACUGGCAGCGUAACCGGCCUUGGCCUAAGGACAGCUACUGACCACCUCCUGCCCUACCCUGGCAGGCACAGGCACAGCGGCUGGGGUGCCUACCUCUGGCCGGUUGGAGUUAGACUGGCAUUAGGCUGCCACUAGGUUCAGCUCCCACAACCCUCUGCCCGGCCCCAGGUCCAGGGCUGACGGUGGUCCCAAGGUUCUGGGAGAAGCAAGGGGCCCCCUCACCUCCUGGGCACAGUGACCCCAAUAGGUUCUGAUCCCUG